AUGGCGAAAAGCAUAGGACGAUAUAUCAUCGGGGGCAACCGAGGGUUUUUGAACCCAAAGCUGGAGGAAACUGAAACCUUCGUGGGCCCAAUUACGAGAAAAGCCAAAUUUCGCCGACAUUGCAGGCGAUUCUGGUGUAUCUACCUCAUUGGCAGUGUGGUCUUCUUGGCCAUCUUCCUGCCUGUGUUCUUCCUAGUUGCCAUUCCUGCCAUCGCACGGCUUGUCAUCAAGAAUGCCGAUUUACGGGUUGUCUCUGCAGCAGUGAUGAACCCAACACCAGACACAGUGCGGAUGUCACUCGAGACCAAAGUGAACUUGAAACUUGCGCUGGGCGUUCGACUUGAUCCCGUAACUUUCGAUGUAUUCGUGCGUUCCUCCGGCCAUGAGCACCCUUGGGCAGGAGUGAAAAUCCCCGGGCAAACUAUCAAGGGGAAUUAUUCCCUGAUAGUCAAUGAUCAGUUGACCCCACUUCUCAAUCAAACCACCUGGGAAACCUUCAUUCGUGAAGCCGUCUUUCAGAAGGAAACAUAUCUAUCGCUAUAUGCAGAUGCCACUGGGUAUCUUGGGGCUCUGAAAAACCAUUUGACACUAGAUAAAGAUAUCAAGAUUCGAACUUUAAACAAAUUCGAAGGCUUCACUAUCUCAGAUAGCACACUCCUCAUACCGGCAGCGGACGAUGGAACCAACCUCAUUGCGAAUAUUACGCUUCCAAACCCAAGCCCUCUCUCCUUUGAAGUUGGCACCCUUACCCUUGAUCUCAAGGGUAGCGAGUCAGGCCCGAUUAUUGGCAACGCGACCGUCCGAAACGUCGUCCUGACACCAGGCAACAACACAUUCCCGAUAGCGGGCUUCCUUGACCUCAAGUCCACACUUGGCGGUCUCCCCAACCUUCUCGCCUCACAAGGAGCCACCCUGGAAAAUGGAACUAUGAGCCUAACAGCUGUAACGAGCUCUAUCGUAUACAAUGGCACUUUCAUUCCAGGCUACACCAACGUCCUCAAACAACUCCCCCUAGUUGCAAACGUGGGCAUUGCUGACAUCCUGAGAAACACGCUCAGCCACAUGGGAAUGGAUGGCAACGUCAAUCUGACAGAGGCAAUGUCAACCCUCAGCGGCAGUUUGAAACGCAGGGGAGACCGAGAUCCUGCGCAACUCGGCCCAGUUGGAUACGGUGAUGCAUACAACCAAAUCGCAAGUCUGAAACACAAUAAACAUGUUCAGAAGGUGUUGGAAGACGAGGAUCCGGAAGAACGAGACGCUCUGAUAGAUUCGUUCGCUCGAUAUGUUGCUUCGCUAUGA